AUGUUCUGCAAUACAUCUAUUGCAUCAUCAAAAUUACAAUUAUUUUACAAAACGUCAAAUUAUGGAGGCACAUUUGAAUUACCGAAAAAUAUUUUUCAAUCGCUUUCCGGUUCCAUUUCUGUCAACUGUGCAAAACGCAUAUCUCCAAGAAUUUACAAUUUACUUAAUGGAUCCAUACAAUUUUAUAUUGUUUCAAUUCUUAGUAGAGCUGUAAGUUAUGAAAUUCAAUACACAGAUUUUUCUAUUGCUGGUGUUAUAUUUUCUGUUCAACUUUGGCAUGGUGAGAUAACAACUCCACAAUUUUUAAAAUCGAUAUCAACAGCCGCUGUAGUCAUAGAAUGUGGAUUUACUGCUGCUGCAAGUUUCUUCUUCGCUACUUGUGCAGUUCUGUUAAGUAUAGCAGGCGGACCGGCAACAAUCCUCGUCCUUCUUGGUACCGCAGCUGGUGGUUUAAUAUGUGGUGGUGCCGCAUAUCGUGUUUGUAGAUAUUUAACAGAAAGAUUUUUUCCAGACGCACUUGAAGUACUUGCAUGUAGCCCUGAUAGUUCAAUGAGAAAUAUUCAACGAGCAUAUUAUCGAAAAGCACAAGUUACACAUUCUGAUAAAUGUGAUAAUAAAGAAGUUGCUGCAGAAGAAUUCAAAAAGAUUGUAACUGCAUAUGAAAUAGCUAAAAGCUAUCAUGAAGUAUUGGAGGAUGCAUCAGUAACAAAGUAUCGAAUUAUAUCAACCGGUAAACCAGAUGAGAAAUUAUUUGAUAUGAUUCCAAAAGAUUGGGCGUACAAUUGUAAAGAUGAAUCAUUAGGUCUUUUACACGAUCCACAAACAUCAAAACUUGAUGUUAAUCAAAGUGCAUCAGUACAAAUUUGGCUUACUAGCCCACUGCAUCGAGUUCAUGAGAAUGAUACAGUUAUUCUUGAAUGGUAA